AUGUCGUCGACUGCUGUCCCCAAGCGCGUUGCGCUGCACCGCAACCCCACCGCCGAGUCGUCGGUGCCCUCGUCGGUGUCGGCGUCGCCCUUUGAUAGCCCGCGCCAGUCGCCCUCGUCGACCUCGUUGUCCUCCCUGGCCUCGGAGCAGCAGGAGCGCACCAAGAUGCUGGACACGUACGGCAACGAGUUCAAGAUCCCCGACUUUACCAUCAAGCAGAUCCGCGAUGCCAUCCCCGCCCACUGCUUCCACCGCUCCGCCAUCACCAGCUUGUACUAUGUCUUCCGCGACAUGGCCAUCCUGGCCGCCGUCUUCUACCUCUUCCACAACUAUGUCACGCCGGAGACCGUCCCCUCCAUGCCGGCCCGCGUGGCCCUGUGGACCCUGUACACCUUCAUCCAGGGUUUGGUCGGGACCGGUGUCUGGGUGUUGGCCCACGAGUGCGGCCACCAGGCCUUCUCCUCCUCCAAGGUGUUGAACGACACUGUCGGCUGGAUCUGCCACUCGCUCCUGCUGGUGCCCUACUUCUCGUGGAAGAUCUCCCACGGGAAGCACCACAAGGCCACCGGUAAUCUGGCUCGUGACAUGGUCUUCGUUCCCAAGACCCGUGGCGAGUAUGCUUCCCGUGUGGGCAGGACCAUCCACGAGCUCGGUGAGCUCAUCGAGGAGACCCCCAUCGCGACUGCCACCCACAUGAUCGGCCAGCAGCUGUUCGGCUGGAUCCUGUACCUGCUCAUCAACGUCACCGGCCACAACAACCACGAGAAGCAGAUUGAGGGCCGCGGCAAGGGCAAGAAGAACGGCUGGGGCGGCGGUGUGAACCACUUUGACCCCGCCAGCCCGCUGUACGAGGCCAAGGACGCCAAGCUGAUUGUCCUGAGUGACCUCGGUCUCCUCCUCACCGGCACCGGUCUGUACUAUAUUGGUUCCACCUAUGGCUGGCUCAACCUGCUGGUGUGGUACGGUCUCCCCUACCUCUGGGUGAACCACUGGCUCGUGGCCAUCACCUUCCUGCAGCACACCGACCCCACUCUCCCUCACUACGAGCCCGAGGUGUGGAGCUUCGCCCGCGGUGCUGCCGCUACCAUCGACCGUGACUUCGGCUUCGUCGGCCGCCAUAUCUUCCACGGCAUCAUCGAGACUCACGUGCUGCACCACUAUGUCAGCAAUAUCCCCUUCUACAACGCCGACGAGGCCACCGAGGCCAUCAAGAGCGUCAUGGGCGACCACUACCGCACCGAAGCCCACACUGGCUGGACUGGCUUCUUCAAGGCCAUGUGGACCUCUGCCCGUGCCUGCCAGUGGGUCGAGCCGACCGAUGGUGCGAAGGGCGAGAGCCAGGGUGUGCUGUUCUUCCGCAACACCAACGGCAUCGGCAUUCCCCCGGCCAAGAUUGCCAAAUAG